AGCAACAACAAUAACAUCCAGACCUACUCCACGAGUAUAAUCCAUGAUGAUGAGAGGAACCUGUGGAGCUCCCCCCAUGAUCUGUCUCACACGGAGGCUGUGGACGAUCGGAUGCUGCACACUUGGAUUCAGACUAGACGUCAACUGGAGAAAGACUCUGAAGAAUGGCAGAAACUCAACUAUGAAAUUUACACCCUGAGGCAAGCAAGACGAGAAGUGAGAACGAGAUGGAGAAAGAUACUGGAGGACUUGGGAUUUCAGAAAGAAGCAGAAUCCCUUUUGUCUGUUACAAAGCAAAGCACCAUCAGUAGCCCAAAGAACAUGAAAAAGGCCAUGGAAAUGCUUUUACGACUGGCAGAUGAGACAACCAUCUUCCCAGCUGGAUGGGACUUGCCAGAGAGAUACCUAUAUAUUAUGGACCGGCUGAUUUGUCUUGAUGCAGUGGAAGACUUCUUUAACAUCGCUUACAAGAAGUAUCCCAAAACACAUAUGGAAACAAGUUCAAUAAUAAACAAGUGA